AUGGCUGCAGCAGCAACUGGGUGGUGGGUCGGUAGGACGGAGGGCGGGGAGGCGGCUGUGGUGGUGGUGGUGGCAGGGGAGCCCUUUGGGGGCAUGCCAGAUAUCCAGUGGAUGAAUCUAGAUCCUGUCAAGCUGAUGGAGGAGCUGAGUCAGUUCACUCGACUGGAAGGAUUUAAGGAGAUGUUGGACAAAGCACAGGUGGGACAUGCCUACAUGAACAGGCCGUGUUUAGACCCCUCCGACCCUGACUGCCCUCUCAGUGCGCCCAACAAGGAGCUAGGAGAGAGUCCUGACAUUGCCGGGCGUCUCCAGGGUGGUUGCCAUGGUUUCAGCCGGAAGUUCAUGCACUGGCAGGAGGAGCUGAUCCUGGGAGGUCGGGUCAAGAGCAGCCAGGAUAUUCUGCUGAGUGCGGAGGCUCUCCAAACCAUGUUCCUGUUGAUGAGUUCUAAGCAGCUGUACGAGCACUUUAAAGACGACUACGAGAUCCACGACAUAAACUGGAAUGAAGAUAAGGCCACCGCCAUCCUGGAGUCCUGGCAGAGGAAGUUUGUGGAGGUGGUCCACCAGAGUAUCCCAUCCAACUCCAGCCAGUCCAUCCAAGGUUUCUCCACCACCACCCUCAACGACAUCAUGAAAUCAUUCUCCGAUGUCAGCGUCAUCAGGGUGGCCGGAGGAUACCUCCUCAUGCUCGCCUAUGCCUGUGUGACCAUGCUAAGGUGGGAUUGUUCCAAGUCCCAGGGUGCAGUGGGGCUGGCCGGGGUGCUGUUGGUGGCUCUGUCAGUGGCCGCAGGACUGGGUCUCUGCUCACUGCUUGGCCUCUCCUUCAAUGCUGCCACUACACAGGUGCUUCCCUUCCUGGCCCUUGGAAUUGGUGUGGAUGACAUGUUUCUGUUGGCUCAUUCCUUCACAGUGGCUGGAACUAACAUCCCCUUUAAGGAACGGACAGGAGACUGUUUGCGUCGCACCGGCACCAGCGUGGCCCUGACUUCCAUCAACAACAUGAUCGCAUUCUUUAUGGCUGCUCUCGUACCCAUUCCGGCCUUGCGAGCAUUCUCUUUGCAGGCAGCCAUUGUGGUCGUGUUUAACUUCGCCAUGGUGCUGCUCAUCUUCCCUGCCAUCCUGAGUUUGGACCUCCACCGACGCGAGGACAAGCGAUUAGAUGUCCUCUGCUGCCUGUACAGCCCCUGCUCUGACCGCGUCAUCCACCUGUCUCCUCACGAGCUGUCGGACGCUGAGCAGCCGCCCACGCCUACCACGGCAACGACGCACACGCACCAGUACUCGGCGGGAUCCACAAUCACCACCAGCACUCAAAUCACCACCACGGUGCAGGCGUUCACGCAGUGUGACGCAGCAGGACAGCAUAUUGUCACAAUCUUACCACCUACCUCACAGAUCUCCACCAGCCCGCCCUCCGUCAUCGUAUGCCCCACGUCCCAUCCUCAAGCCGUCACACCUUCCCCCACCACCACCUCAGUGCCAGACCCCUAUGGCUCCCAACUCUUCACCCCUACCUCCAGCUCCACACGGGACCUCCUAGCCCAGGUGGAGGAUUCCAAAUCGGGAAAGGAGUGCGUCCCACUCCCUUUCAUGCACUGGAACCUUUCCAGCUUCGCCAGAGAUAAAUAUGCCCCUCUGCUCCUCAAGCCUAAAAGCAAAGCCAUCGUGGUGGUUCUCUUUCUGGGCCUCCUGGGUCUCAGCCUGUACGGGACCACCAUGGUGCAUGACGGCCUCUACCUAACUGACAUUGUGCCACGUGACACCAAGGAGUAUGACUUCAUCGACGCCCAGUUCAAGUAUUUCUCCUUCUACAACAUGUACCUGGUCACUAUGGAUGGAUUUGAUUACGCCCGGUCACAGAGGCUGCUGAUUCAGCUGCACAACGCCUUCAACUCUGUGAAAUAUGUGGUCAGAGACAGCGACAGCAAACUGCCCCGCAUGUGGCUGCACUACUUCCAGGACUGGCUCAGAGGUCUUCAGUCUGCUUUUGAUGCUGACUGGCUCGCAGGCAGGAUUACCUCUGACAGCUAUCGUAACGGCACAGAGGACGGAGCGCUGGCGUACAAGCUUCUCAUCCAGACCGGCUCCAAGAAAGAGCCUUUCAACUACAGCCAGCUGACUGCUCGUCGGCUGGUGGAUGCAGAGGGUUUGAUCCCUGCAGAGGUGUUCUACAUUUACCUCACAGUCUGGGUCAGUAAUGAUCCUCUGGGCUACGCAGCCUCCCAGGCCAACUUCUACCCCCAUCCUCGUGAGUGGAUUCACGACAAGUAUGACACCACAGGAGAGAAUCUACGCAUCCCAGCUGCAGAGCCCCUGGAGUUUGCUCAGUUCCCCUUUUACCUAAACGGACUUCGCCAGGCCAGCGAUUUUGUGGAGGCCAUCGAGAGCGUGCGGUCCAUCUGCGACGAAUUUAGCCGCAAAGGCGUGUUAAACUACCCUAACGGAUACCCAUUCCUGUUCUGGGAGCAGUACAUUGGCCUCAGACACUGGUUCCUGCUGGCCAUCAGCGUGGUUCUGGCCUGCACCUUCCUGGUCUGUGCAAUGCUCCUGCUCAACCCCUGGACUGCCGGCAUCAUUGUGUUUAUCUUAGCUAUGAUGACAGUGGAGCUGUUUGGCAUCAUGGGUCUAAUUGGCAUCAAGCUGAGCGCCAUCCCUGUAGUCAUCCUGAUCGCCUCGGUGGGCAUCGGAGUGGAGUUUACCGUACACAUUGCACUGGGCUUCCUGACAGCGAUUGGCAACAGAAACAAGCGCUCGGCAGUGGCUCUGGAGCACAUGUUUGCUCCGGUGGUCGACGGAGCGAUCUCCACGCUGCUGGGCAUUCUCAUGCUGGCAGGGUCAGAGUUUGACUUCAUCAUGAGGUAUUUCUUUGCUGUGUUGGCCAUCCUCACUCUUUUGGGGAUGCUGAACGGCUUGGUUCUUCUGCCGGUCCUCUUGUCCUUGAUGGGACCCCCGUCUGAGGUCACCCUGGUUGAUAAUGCCAGCCGCCUGCCGGUGCCUUCCCCUGAACCCCCACUGCCUCCACCGAUGACCCACCAUGGAUACUACACCGGCCACCACAACCCGCGGGUGUCUCGUCAACAGGCUUUUUCAGAGUGUUCAGACUCGGAGUAUUACUCGGAGAUGACCACCACCUCAGGGAUCGGGGAGGAGGAUUACAAGUACUGUGAUCGGAGUGCGUACAUAGAAUCCGGCCUUCCAACUGCAACAUCUCACAUACUGCUGGAAGCCAGCAAGAACCCAAGCUUCCCCAAACUUACGGUGGUGAAGCCGUUCAGAGAAAAUGCAGCAGGAACUGGUGGAAGGAUCGAACCGCUAAAUGAAUCUUCCCACAAUGGAUCCCAGGUUACAUGCUGGGAUGGAAACAAGCAGCCGGGCCUCCAGAGACUCUCGGCACAACACUUACCAAGCGAGAGACCUCACUUACAUGGGAGGACUUGUCAAAGCGGCCCCAGGCUGCAGAACGGCAGAGGGCCUCAGCCAAACAGGACUAAAGGGCCAAGCUAUACUAAUAGCAGCUCCGCCCUGCCGAUGCAACAAGUCUCCAUGGGGGGACCUGUUACCAUGGUAACAGCCACAGCUUCGGUGACAGUGGCUGUGCACCCUACCUUGCCGGGGGCGGCUUACCAAGGCUACAUGCAUGAAGGUUUUGAAACGGACAGUGAGUCGGACUAUUUUGAGGCUGCUAAGAGGACUCGUGGUGACAAAACAAACUUUUCUUCAUGUAAAAGAGACUCUUUAGAGCUCCAGGACUUGGAAGCAACACAGAGCCAGACAGAGCAUAAACUCGGCAAGACACAAGGUGGGUUGAGGAUCCAGGUAACUAAAGAUUGCUAGACUCUCUCACAAGCCUUCUGUCUCCGAGUCUCUGGCUGCUGCCCCUGAGCACCUUGACGCCUGGCAUCGCGUCACGUCUUGAACUCUCAACUGUACAUAGAAUUCUUACACAAAGGAGAGGAUUUAUUUCAUGGACAUAUUAAGAAAAAAAGGACGUUUUAAGAAUUAUAUAAAUCUAUGAGUAUAUAUUUUAAUACUAAAAAAGAAGGAAGCUAUUUAAAAGAGUACUGUAUAACUUGGGUAUACUCUUGUGUAAAAGUUCAGAUGUAAAAGAUUAUUUUUUUCGUGGAGCGGUUGAUUUUCUUUUCGCCCCACAGUGUAUAGAAUAAAAUGUGCUAUAUGUAAAAAGUGUCCACAAAAAGUCAGAUGUUAUUAAGAUAUUCUUUUUUUUCCUUUUUUGCUGCUACACUUCAAAAUAAUUGUAAGUGAUUUGCCUUAAAAAAAAUGCAGUACCCCCUCUUCCCCCUCUGGUUUAAUUCAGUAUAUUAUAAACAGUAUUUUACUGUGAGAUGUUCUGUAUCUGACACACUCUCUGUUGUAUUUCAAUUAUAGAUCUUCUUUGUCUAAAAGCAGAGAAUUCGACAGCACCUACUGUUUUCAGUAGUAACCGUCGUGCCUUCAAUUUGUCCCGUUUUUCUUAUUAUCACAGCAAUCAGCGCUCAGUAUUAUGUCCUCUCGCUUUGGUGUUAAUGUGUUUUGUCUCGUCCAGACACAGAAUGUUUGUCAAGAAGCAGUAGUCGACCGUCAUCUGUCCAUCUAUCUGGCAGUGUCACACCUAAGUCUAUUUUAAUGUCAAAUCUUUUUCUGGGUGUCCCAACAUCCUCUGCAGUUUUAAACUACUUGAAGGAGCUGUGAUAAGAUUUUAUUUUCUUCAGCAGUUUUUGUAAGCUCUACAGUGGGUGAAGUUCACAUUUGUCACUUUGUGUUUGACAAUUGUUCACCUACUGAUAUUACUUUGAAAGGGAAUUAUAAAAAAUCGAAUGAAAGGGAGUGAUUUUAUUUUGUAAUAAUAAUAAUUUUCUUCUUUUUUCUUUGCUGGCUGCCUUAGGGUUGUAACACGUUCAUGUUGUUGCAAAUAUUAUGUAAACUGGUUUAGUCUUUAUAAUGCUCCAACCUGCUCACUUUCUAAUUUCUCACUCUUAUGCUAAUUCAAACCUCAUAAUAUUACACAAUACAAUUCCUUCUUAGGACUCUCAUGUAAUUUUUACGCUUUACAACGUUUUCGUUGUUGUUAUUGUUGUUCAAUAUUGGUCUCAUCACUGCCAGGUUAAAUUGCAGGGAAAAACUUGCGGAUCUAUUUUUUAAUAUCAUUUUUUCUUUUAAGUGGCAGCUUUGGUUUCUUUUGUACAUAUGAAAGAAAAGUUAAGUAGCUACUGUGCAGUUAUGAAUAAUUAAACAGAAUGAGCAAAGCACCAUUCACAGUUUAUCAGACCAUAGACCGCCAGCAGGUGUUGUCAUACAGCGGUGAGGAGUGUAAAAGGGAGGGGGGUCGAGGGGGAAGCUCCUGCAUUGGUUUGUAGUUUAUUUCAAGAAAAAAUGUUAAUGUCAUGCCAUAUAAAUUAUUUAUAUUAAAAUUUUAUUUUUGUAGUUUGUACAGAUGUUAGUAUCUAGA